UUUCUCGCAACAUCGCGACAGAGCGUCGGGCUUUUUUUUUUAAACUUAACAUGUUGGAUCGCUCAAUAAAAAAUUGAUCCGCUGCGGAGAGAGAGGGGGAGGGCGAUUCUGUUCUGGCAUUCACCGCCUUGGAGCUCAUUAGGUCGGGAAACGACAAUCCAGUGCUUAUUAUCUAGCUGCUGCCAGCAUCGCUGAGGAGGAUCUAGCCACUAGCGCGUCGCUGAAUCCUGUUCCAGAUGGGUGUCUCAGCAGCGAGCGACAGCAUCCGCAGCAAGAUGCUGAGACGGGGCGUCCAAGACCGCAUCUCUUCGCAGAGAAGCAGUAAAGGCUUUUAAAACAUACCCGUUUAUUCCCCUCACUAGUCUGAGGUCCAACCAAAAUGAAGUUUGGAAUGAUUCCUCACGGCCUACACGAGCAGCUUCUGGACCACAGUAACUACCAGAGCAGGACCCACGGGGUUGAGGAGCUGAAGAACAUUCUUUACGACUCGGACUUGACCUCCGUGCCCCCUGAAAACAUUGUCGAUUUUAUCGGUUUCUUGCGGAGGCUACUGGAUGACACCAACUUCAAAGUUCUGUACGGUACCUUGGAAGUCCUCAAUCUGCUGCUUGUCAAACUGGGCUACCACGCGGAGUUGUACGUUGAAAAUAUCGUUCACGCCGCCGUCAAAGUCCUGGGGGAUACCCGCACGGUGACCAGGCACGAGUACAUCAAAGUUUACAUGCAGAUGAUGCGGGUUGUGAGGCCGCAGAUUGUGCUGGAUUUUAUGAUGGGGCAACUCAAGCACAAGAACUCUCGAGUCAGGGAGGAUGUCAUCAAUAUCAUCACAGCCUCCAUUCUGACCCACCCGAGAGGGGGCUUCGACAUAGACAGGCUGUGCUACGCCGUGGCGCCCUGUCUGGCGGACAGCAAACGGAAAGUCCGGCACGCAGCCCUGGAGCUCUUCGCCGUGUUUGCCUCCUACUUGGGCACUGGCAAAAUGCAGCCUCUGGUGAAGGCUGUGGACGAGGUGGAGCUAAAAGGAGAGGUGGAGGGUUUGAUGGCGGCUGUACAAGCCCGGAUAGCCAGGCACAUCCUUCCCAAGCUGACCCCCGAUGGGACUGUGGAGUAUGCCAUGACCAUCCCAAAGCCGGGCCAGCGGCGGGGACCCCAGUUCGGGUCCGGGGCCGAUCUGGAGUGGGUGAUCGGCGGGGGGCGCAUUCAGAGCGCGCAGAGUCACCGAUCGGAGUCGGAUUCUGAACCGCCGUCUGGUUACGGGAGUCCCGGCUCCUACCUUGACGAGACCCCGGCGCACAGAAGGGUCCUCAGCGCCGGCAAAGGGAAAAACAAGCUGCCGUGGGAAAUGGAAGGCCUUCCCGCGGCGAGGACGUCCCCGCAGGUCAAGACCCCCGGCAGGAAGAUUUCCAGUGAAGAUCCCCAGUCUCCCAAACUGAGUGGCUCCUCUAAGAUGCCAGUUAAGGAAGACCUGCACUUUACUGGAAAGUUGAAUAACAAUCAGGAAAUCACAAACAAUUUCAAACGCUCUGAGCCCCACCAGCCCAGGAUCUCAGGAAGGAAAGGGCUCUUGGGAAUGUCCCGGAGGAGUGGGAGCGUGGACUCUGACCUGCAGUUCCUGGGGUCCAGUAAUCCUUCGGACAGAGAGAAAGCAGCUCCGGUCCACGGCAACAUUAGUCGGCCUCCAAGGACUCCGCGCCCUCUCUGUGGACACCCCGGUGUAGAGCGCACCUUCUCCCUGCCCUCCAACCCUGCAGCCCAGGGAGCCCUCAUCCUGCCCUCCUACCCACUGGCACCAGCCGCCGGAGGCCAGCUCGCCUCUCCGCCAGCUCGCAGGAACGCGGACGCGGCUGUAAGCAUGUCCAGCACCUGGCCCAACAAGAGGGAGAACAGCCCCAGGUGCAGAGCCCCCAGCCCCUGGUCAGAGGACGGUUCAGGCAAGGACACCCUUCUGUCCCUUUCUCUCCGCUCACUAGGGGAAACCCAAGAAAGACGGUCCCCAGUGCCUCUCAGAGUAUCACUGGUGCGCUCCCCAUCUUCCCAUCGUGUCCUUAGUGGAGCCAAGCCUGUGCCCCCAAUCCCUCGAGGCACCAACCCCUUGCCUGACAGGGCCCAGGGGACACCCCAGGAAUCAGAAAAGACCAGCCAGAGGGGGAGUCCUUUGGAAAGACCAGCAGAGAGGAGCCUGCAGCUGGACCUUUCUCACCUGAGUCUGAAGGAUGGAGAAGAGGAGCCAGUGGACCGUGAGGAGAUGUUGAACUCUCUCCGGUCACUGAGGUACAGUGCAGCAAAGAAGCGAGCCAAGCUGAGUCUGAGUGGCUCGGACCCCGACCCCGACAGCCCCGACUCGGCCGUGAAGCUCGAGCUGGCCCUGGAUUCGCCAUCUCAGACCUCACCCCCUGUCACCAGCCCGCUGAGUGAGAGCGGCCUGUCCAGUCUGCAGGAUUCACUCAGCUCACCCCCACACACAACCCCCUGUGGCACUAAAGCCAGUUCUGGGAGCUCCUCUCCUUCGGUAGCAAGGCCCCGUGUGCCCAGAGUCUCCUCUGGGAAGCUGAAAGGUGCUGCCAAUGUGGAGUACAGCCCCAACCAAGGGGUGACAUUCCGGGACAAAGUGACCUCAGAUGUGAGCGUAGUGGGGCAGAGGCUGGCCUACUCUAACGGGCCUGCUGAGCCCGAGGAGGUCAGGCAGAGAGAGACGUCCCCACCUGUCGUUAGACCCUUGGGUCGAGAGCCCCUCAGAGCACCCAGACCCCCCAGAGGGUCACAGGGGUCAACUGGGACCAUGCAGCAGAUCAGCAUCAGUCUGGCUUCUUCUGCUGAUGGCAUGUCUGAAGGCAUUAUAGGCAGAGGAGUGUUUGGGAGCUCCGCUGCAGUGGCCUCUCAGCAGAGUGUGAUGUCAUCCUCUGAGUGUAGUAACAGUAUUGGCAAGGCAAGUGUUGACCCCCCAGCAGGCGUGUAUGGACACUCAGUGCAGCACAACAGUCACAACUCCACAGCCAGGGAGGAGCCAGAGAUGGAGGACGUGGACAAAGUGAAGCUGUCAAAGUCGGCCCGGGACAAAAUGAGGCAGCGCCGCCUGGAGCAGGAAGAGCUCCUCCACAUCCAGAGCGAGCGGAGGAGGGUGGAGAGCGUUAAGGAACGUCUGCGCAUGAUCUGGGGUGAUGGAUCUGCGGAAGAGAGGAAUGAGCUAUCAUCCCCGCCUCAGAACAGCCCCCGUCAUGCUUCAGGCUGGAAUUUGAAUGGCAAGAUCGUUCAGAAGCCCAUGACUGAGUCUCCACAAGAGAACAGCCCUGCCAGCCCCAGAGGACCCCUUAGUCCCAUCGUUGCGCCCAGCCCUAUUCGACUCUAUGGCCCUCCCACCCCUCCUGCACUUAAGGGGCCUUCCAGCCCUGCUCGUUUGAAGAGAUCCUCCAGCCUGAAGAAGGCUCGCUCCUCUCUCUCACACAGCUCAGAUGAGCUGUCCCCUGGCCCUCGAAUGCAGAGGAAGGAGGGCCCAGAGGCCCCAGAGCUGCGGCCUUUCUCUAAGCCUGAGCUGGCGCUCAACCAGGGCCUCCAGCUUCUGGCCUCUGACGACUGGGAAAGGAAGAUUGAAGGGCUGACCAUCAUAAGGAGUCUAUCCCAGUAUCACUCUGACGUCCUGAUGAGCAGACUGCAUGAUGCCUGCCUGGCCGUCAUACAGGAGGUGAAGAACUUGCGGUCAGGCGUGUCUCGGGUGGCAGUGAUUUGCCUGGGAGACAUGUUCACUCACCUGCAGAGAGGGAUGGACCAGGAGCUGGACGGCACAGUGAAGGUGCUGCUGCACAAGGCCGGGGAGUCCAACGCUUUUAUCCGGCAAGAUGUGGACAACACCUUGGACUGCGUGGUGCAGAGCUGCACCCCUACACGUGCCCUCAGCGCACUGCUGACUGGCGGCCUGAGCCACCUGAACUCUGUAGUGCGGAAGUGCACAGCGCAGCACCUGGUAGACUUGGUGGAGAGGAUGGGCCCUGCUCGCCUCCUGUCUGGCACCAAGGACCUCACCGACCGCAUGCUUCCUGCAGUCGCCCGGCUGGCACAGGACUCAUCCCAGGAGACCAGAUACUACGGAAGACAGAUGCUGUUUUCAUGGAUGACCCAUCCAGACUUCGACAAAAUGAUCGAAAAGCACUUGCAGCCCAAAGACCUGAUUGCCAUCCGGGAUACCGUCAGCACCCUCAGGACAAAGGGAUUGGGAGAAAUGCCCCUUGACACCCCCUCUGCAAGGGGCCGGCGCUCCCUCCCAGGUAGCGGGACAGUCCGAGCAUCAUCAUUGACCCGGGAGCCACGCAACAUUGCUGCCAGAGAAACAGGGGAGAACACUUGGAAGCCCAGCCCGCGGACCCUGGUGGAUAAGACUGAGUACGUCAAGCAGCUCACUGGUCUGCUGGGUGCCAAGGAUUUCCGAGACCGCACCAAGGGCAUCGAUCAGCUCCUCGAUGACUGUCAGCAGAGCCCUGACCUAGUGAUUGCCAACAUGUUCCCGAUUUUUGAUGCCUUUAAAUCUCGUCUACAAGACUCCAACAGCAAAGUGAAUCUCCAUGCUCUGGAGUCCCUGCAGAAGAUCAUUCUGCUGCUAAAAGACAAUCUUGCCCAGGUUGUCUACAUCCUUGUGCCGUCCAUUGUAGAAAGCAACCUCAACUCCAAGAACAAUGCUAUCUACAAUGCAGCUGUCAAAGCUGUUCAGACUCUCAUCCAGAACAUUGAUAACACACUACUGCUCCAGCCAUUCUGUACCAAGGCCCAGUUCCUCAGUGGGAAGGCCAAAGUGGACAUGAUUGAGAAUGUUGCAGAUCUGGUGACAGAGCUGUAUCCCCGAAAGCCCCAGCUGGUGGAACAGAAAGUCUUGCCCUUGUUGUGGCACCUGCUGGGCACCUCCGGUGGCAAUGGUGCCCUGCUGGGUCGUGGGGGGAGUGUGCGCAGUGCCACUGCCAAGCUGUGCCGAGCCCUCCUCACUCACAUGGGUCCCGGCCUGGAAGAGCACGGUGCCACACAGCCCCCACAUAUCUCAAAGGGCCUCCAAGAGCUGCUCGGCACCAUCUCUACCUAACGGCGGUCACAAAAACGCAAAGCUCAAGACGGUAAUGACAAGAAAUGGUCAGAUUUUACUUGAAGAUAGAGAAGACGUUUCUCACAGUGCCUGCAGUUUCCUGUUUUACGACAAAGAGACUUUGGAAUACCCCGUCUUGGGGGGGAAAGAAGAAACAUUUUUUACAUCUAAAUAAGUAGGAAAAUAAAAGAAUAAAGGAAAACAUGGCUUCA